UACAACGAAUGGGCUGUUCGAUUCCUCCAAACAAACGGGCAGUGUAAAAAGGCUUUUUGAGAUGCACGUUUUGAAGGGUAAAAAAAGCCCUCAAUUUCAAAUGCAUCCGGUCUGAUUUCAAAAGGACCGGGAAGCCGCGGCUGGCAUAUCCGUCAUUAGUCAGGACUAUUCAAAAGUUUCUGACUCUCGUUGUAUGACUUCCUACUCUGCUGGAGUCUAAAGCACAUGUUUAAUCUGCAGAUGGUUGUGGAGAUCAAAGGAAAAUAAGGGUUUUUUGUACGUCAAUUAAUCUGCAUUAUUUGUCAUCCCACAUCCGCAUAAAGACCCAAGCAGCUUGUCUUGCCCUUCCUGUAUCUGAAAGACGUUCUACACUUGUAGUUAACCACCACCAACAUGCCCGUUUCCAUCGCCCAGCCGUCUAUCAAUCUGUCUGGAAAGGUUGCCCUAGUCACCGGUGGAUCAAGGGGAAUUGGAGCAGCUAUUUGCCAAGAGCUAGCCGCCUGCGGUGCUUCGGUUGCCGUCAAUUAUAUCGGAAGCAAGCCCAAUGCUCUCAAGGUCGCUGAGAGUAUCAUAAAGGGGGGGCGUAAAGCCAUUACUGUCCAGGGCAAUGUCGGUAAUCCCGACGAUGCCAAGCGGAUUGUGGAAGAGACCGUUCAGCAGCUGGGCCGUCUGGACAUUGUGGUCAACAAUGCUGGAAUUUACGAUGGCAAGGAUUUUGAAAAAGUUACCUUGGAAGAGUACAAUCGGGUCCUAGAUGUCAAUUUGAAGGGCCCAUUCUUUUUAACACAAGCAGCUGUUCCCCACCUCGGUCCUGAUUCAUCCGUUAUCAACAUUUCGACAUGCUUGACCAAGACCCCUGUUGCAAAUGUCGCCUCUUACAUUACGUCCAAAGGCGGUGUUGAAGCUCUCACUCGGGCACUGGCUGUCGAACUUGCACCAAAAGGUAUCCGAGUCAACGUGGUUUCUCCUGGAACCACGGACACGGAUAUGCUACGGACGAAUCCGGAGGAACAAUUGAAGCAAUGGGAGCAACAAACCCCGCUCAAGCGGUUAGGGAAACCGGAAGAUGUGGCAGCCGCGGUCGUUUUCCUUGCCAGUCCUCAGUCUACGUGGUUCACCGGACAAAACUUGCAUGCAACGGGCGGUAUCUCGUUUGCCCUUUGAGCAGGGAUUAUUUGGCCUUUCGCAUAUCUGUUGUAUAUUUCAUAACCAGAAAGUACAUAUUUUGCAGAUUAUCUGGAAUACAUACACAUUUUUGAGAUUUCUUUCAACACAA